AUGUUUCAACCAAACCAAAGCCAAAUCAAAUAUUAAAAUCAAUUUGGCACAACAUCAGCUAUCUUAUUUUCACAAUAAUAAACAUCUAGAGAUAAAGUAUUCAAUAUAAUCUAACUUAGCUUAUGCAAUCAAGAGAUGGUUCAGAAAACAAACAAUUUCUACAAUACCCAGUUUCUCAAAUAGUCUAUGGCCCAACAAUGAAAAUUGUUCCAUCUGUUCAAACAAACACUGCGUUUCGUAAAAUAUCCAAAGAUCUAAAUAUUACUAUUUAAGAACCAGGUAAUCAACAUUAACCUUUACGUUAACCAUCACCUAAUGUGAAAAAAUAGCGUGAAUAAAUGGAAAUGAAUUGGAAUAAGUUAAUUGAUAAAUCUAAGAUACUUCAAGAAAAUUUAGUUUUACUCAAAAAUAGUAUUAGUAUGAAUCUGACUAAAAAACUACCAGAUUAACGCUUAUCCAAAGAAUCUACAUCAACUGCAGCUGGUCUUUCUUCCAGAUUGAAGUUGUAAAAAGUGAAUAUUAAUUGCAAACUAAAUUCACCUUUUAAAGUUCAAACAAAAUAAGAACUCAGUAAGAGUUUAAGCUAAAAUACUUUUACAAAUUUAAAAUAUGCAGCUAAUCCAGUUAAAAACAUAACAAUUAAUAAUACUAGCAUUAUUACACUUACUAAUAAUUCCAGCAUCCGAAAAUCUUAAGAUUCUCAUACAAUCUAACAAAAAAUUACAUCUCCAUUUCCAUAAUAAACAUUAAGUUUAUAUUAGACAAUAGAAUAAAAACUAAAUCUUAAAAUUAGUUCAUUUUUAGGAAGAGGGAAAUUCAGUGAUGUUCAUAUGGCUAUUGAUUAAAGAACAGGUUUAAUAUUUGCACUCAAAAUAAUAAAAAAAUAAACUGUAAUUGAACAUACUAUGCAAGAACAAUUAGCUAGAGAAAUUAUCAUACAAUCUAAAUUAUCACAUCCAAAUAUUGUCAAAAUGUAUGGAUAAACUUAUGAUGAUUCAAAUAUUUAUAUGAUGUUAGAAUUUUGUAAUAAUGGAGAGUUAUUUUAACAUUAAUACAAAUAACUUAAUAAGAGAUUUAAUGAAAAAGAUGCUAGUACUUUCAUUAUGCAAAUAUUAUCAGCUAUUUAAUAUAUGCAUAAAUAAGGAUUUAUGCAUAGAGAUUUGAAGACAGAAAAUAUAUUAUUAUCUCUUGUAUUUCUAUUUAAUAUUUUAAGAAUUAUGUAAAACUUUGUGAUUUAGGAUGUGUUAGAGAAAUUCCAUCAAAAGAAGACAGGAGAAAUACUUUUUGUGGAACUGUUGAUUAUAUUGCCCCAGAAGUAAUUAAAGAUUAAGGAUAUGAUGAAAGAUGUGAUGCUUGGCAAGUGGCUAUCCUUGCAUAUGAGCUUGUUGCUGGUAAUACUCCAUUUUCAGAAUAUCCAAGAGAUGAUGAAUCAAUUAUGGAAAAUAUAUUAAAGGUAUAUAAAAAUAUAUUUAUAAUAGAAUAAAUUUGAUUUACCUCAAACAUUUUCUAUUGCACUUAAAGAUUUUGUUAGAAGAGGAUUGUAACAAAAACCUGAGAACAGAAUUACUAUUGAUUAAAUGUUAUAACAUAAAUGGAUUAUUGAUAAUAAUAAAGGAAAUGAUAAAGAAUUUAUAUUUUGA